UUUUUAAAGCCAUGGCAGCGCAUUGAAUGGAUAUUUCGUUUGAUGCAGCCAACGCUGGCCAAGAAGCAGGAUGCGCUGAUCAGCAUAAUGCACGAGUUUACCGAGUGCAUCAUUAAGCAGCGACUCGAGGCGCUCGUCAAAGAUCAGCAGCAGCAGCAGGAGGGCAACGUUCCGGGUCAAAAGCGUCGCUGGGCGCUGCUGGAUGUGCUGCUGCAGGCCACCACGUUGAAUGGAACGCCGCUGUGCGAUGAAGAUAUACGCGAAGAGGUGGACACAUUCAUGUUCGAGGUCCAUGACACAACCACAAGCGGCAUAUCCUUCUGUCUCUACGAGAUCUCACGCCAUGCGGCCGUGCCUGCAGCGCCUGAUCGAUGAGAUUGAUGAGAUGAUCUAAACGAGCUCAAGUAUUUGGAGUGUGUAAUCAAGGAGGCGUUGCGCCUGUAUCCGCCCGUGCCCAUCAUAGCGCGCACCUUUAGCGAGGAUGUGCAGAUACGCGGCAAACGCAUUCCCGCCGGCGCCGAUUUCUUUGUGGGCAUCUUUGCGCUGCUGAGGGAUGCACACGAAUUCCAGGACACGACACUUUGGCCGCCACAUCAGCUGCAUCCAUAUGCCAAUGUGCCCUACUCGGCGGGCCCGCGCAACUGCAUUGGCCAGAAGUUCGCCAUGCUCGAGAUGAAGUGCACCAUUUGCAGGCUGCUGCAGCGUUUCGAGCUGCUGCCGCGGCCCAUGCUGAGUCAUGUCCUGCGCGUGCAUCUGGGCCUGCGUCCACGCCUGGUUAAAUAGUCAAGCAUCAUUAAUCGUACACGUGCUUGCACUUAAUUGGCCAGCUGUUGCGUGCAAAACAAAUAACAAAAAUCAAUAAACGCGUCU